AUGCGAAUUUUUCUUCUCUUCAUCCUCUUUGCCGUUGAGACUGUGGAUAGUCGCGGUGGUCGCAGAGGAGGUAAAGGUAAAGGAAAGAGCAAUCUGCAAUUUGCACAAGUCGCAGAGUUCUCUUUGAUCCACACACAACUAGCAGAUAAUCGAAGUGCUCAUAUCGUAACUGGCUCGCACUUCAGCCAAACAUUCCGACUCGGAUAUAAACUAAUUCUUAUAUGUAAAGCGAAAGGAGAUCCACGGCCAACGAUCAAAUGGUAUAAGGAAGGAGCAGAGCUACACCCAAAGCAUAACGUACACUACUACGAAAAACCACUGAGCGAUGACAUGUUAUGGAGUAAGCUGGAGAUUGAUCCAGCUACUAUGGGCGACCAAGGCGUGUACGCUUGUGUAGCGAACAAUCAACAUGGAGUGAUGGCAAAGAAUUUCAAAGCAGAAUACACAUACUAA